GCCUACUUUACAAUUCCGCGGCAGUGUUAUACCGACACUCGGUGCGGUGGGUCCGUAGCCAUCGCCGAAAUUAUAGUUUUAAAUUUUUUAUGUAUUAAUUUUUUUUUUAAUAUUUUAAGUGGCAAGUUUUGUGAUAAGAGAAUUUUUGAGGUGAAAAUUCUAACGGAUUGUUUUGAUAAAUUUAUUUUCUAACUGGAAUUAUUUUCUUUGCUGGAAUUUUCUUUAUCGGUAGGAAAAAAUGGCGACGUCUGUUCUCCAACCUGAAGAAUGUAGACGUGAACAUGAGCCGAAACCUGAUAUAGAACCGCGACUGACUGAAGAUGAGAGACUCCAAAUUUUAGAAGCUAAAGAAAGAGAGACGGGGGAGUUACCGGUGGAAUUAAGGGAGAGAGCUAGGGUAGAGUUAAGAGAGGAGGCAGGCUUGAGAGAACAAGCACUUGUGCAGAUGCGACAUUUUAUUGAGAAACACCCGGCAAUAAAGAAAUCUCGGACAGAUGCUCCUUUCCUUCUGCGGUUUCUACGUACGAAAAAGUACUCCAUUCCACAAGCAUGUUCAAUGCUGGAACGCUACCUAACCAUACGACAAAUGUAUCCGCACUGGUUUCAAAAGUUGGAUCCUUUAGACCCUAAAAUUGCGGCGGUAAUCGACGCUGGAUACCUGGUACCAUUGCCGAAGAGAGACGCGGAGGGAAGAAGGGUUGUGCUUUCUUGUAUGGGCCGCUUCGACCCCCAUGUCUACGACAGCUGUGUAAUGGCGCGCGUUCAUUCCAUGAUCGUGGAACUUUUACUGGACGAGCCGCGCUCCCAGCUGCUCGGCUAUACCCACGUCAACGAUGAAGCCGGUAUGCAGAUGCCCCACGUUAGUUUGUGGUCAUUGAGUGAUGUUCGCAUCAUGCUCAAUUGUAUACAAAAUUCGACACCGAUGCGACACAAACGUACACACUUCGUAAAUAUUCCACAGUACGGGGUCAGAUUUUUUGAGUUCGCUGUAUCUCUACUUAGUGAAAAACUUAAAGAUCGAGUUAUGUUUCAUCGUACCAGCGAGGAUCUUACAAAACAUGUCGAUCCAGCCAUUUUACCAAAGGAAUAUGGUGGGACUGUUCCACUUAAAGACAUGAUUGAAGAGCUAAAGCGCAAUCUUUUGAAACAUAGAGAUGAGUUGCUGGCUUUAGAUGAUAUGUAUGUUGAUCUAUAUGCUCUCGAGAAAAAUGACCUUACUCAAGAUAUACACUCAACCGCUGGAUCUUUCAGAAAACUUGAAUUAGAUUAAUAAUACAAUGAAAAUGUUGAGUGGAGCUAUGACUGAAUUAACAUGAAUUUAAAUUCUCAAAACAUUUUUGUUUAUAAAAUUUUUAUUAUUGCAUGCAUUCUUUAUUUCUGUACAAUAAGUGUAUAUGCAAACCUUUUUACUUUUUGUAUUAAUGUAUCACUUUUAACCGCUUCGGCGUCGCUCACUAGUUUGGUUGUAGUUCAAAUAGAUUUAGAGUAUUUUUAUCUUCUGUGUUAGAUAUAAAUAGUUAAUGAUAAUAGUUGAUUGUCUAUAGCAACACAUAGAACUUAGUAUAUAAAUAAGGCAACUUAUUCACAAAGUGGUGUAGCGAUGUAUCGUUAUGUAAGAUCAAGAUUUUAUAAAUAGUGGUACAAACUUUUUUCCUGUUUAGCCAAGCUUUUUCGCAAUUCUCGGUUCUACACCUCUUCUUAUUUUAAAAGUUUGUGCUAUUCUCUAUAAUAUACAUACUGCGACUACUGGCUAGAACGAUGUAGCGUCGCACCACUCCGUGGGUUAGUAACCUAUGAAUACCGUGAUUAUUUUCUGUGAUUUAAUAAUCGCACACAAUUGUAUUUUGCUGAAGGGAUCUCAAACAUUCACAUAGUUAAGAUUUAUAAAGGGCUAUUUUAAUAAAUAUAAAUGCUUGUUUAAGCUUCGUGAAAUUGUUAGUUGUUUAAUGUUGCUUUCAUCCUGUACUCUCUAUUAUAGUAACUAGUGAGCUAGUGGCAGCCGUCGGUGGUGUCACGUUACCAUUCUUAACUGGUUCUAUUCCAACAAUUUUUGCAUGUUUCAUAUUAAUUACUAAUAAUAGAUUAGAUUUUUGCCAGCAUCAUUAUCUGAGACCUGCAAUUUGAAUUAUUUUAUUGCAUACUUAUAUAGUUCUACAAAGACAGCUUUUGCUUGUAGGCUUAGAGUGAAAUUUAGAAUACAAAACUUGUGUAUGUUAAUUAAUUUUGAUAUUGUGUUACAGUAGGAUAGGAUAUUUAGUAAGGCUUUGGAAAUAAUUAUAUUAUAUACAUAACA